AUGGACAAACCAGAAACGGUUGAACCGCUGUCGACCAUAAUCGAUGGCCCGGAAGGCUCUGAAGUCCUAAUUUUCAACGAAGCAACAACAACAGAACUGCAAGUCAAAUGCUUCAAGAUUGUAGGAGCGAGUUUCGGCUGGCCGCUCCCAGAAGCGGACUAUAUAGAGAGGGAGAAGUUCCUCAUGCAGCGACCGCUCACGCACAGCAAUGGUGUGGGAAUACGCUGGUGGUGCCUUCAAGUUCAAGGUGGUGAUGGCAGCGGGCGUGUCGUCGCGACUUGCAAAACGCUGAAUAGGGAUUUGCUCAUCCGAACUGCUGCUGGGGGGACCCGAGAAGGACAGGGUUAUUGCAUUGGGGCGGUCGCCACUGAUAAACGAUAUCGGCGAUUAGGUCUUGCUGAAUUUCUAUUGAGGGCUGUCGCGCGGUGGAUGGAUGGAUCUGGAGAGGCGGAGGCGAUCAGCCUUUGUUUGAUAUCGCCGAAUCGAUCAGGCCUCCCACCGACGCAGCCGCUGAUGCCGGAGGACAUCCCAGCACUCUGCGCCCGUGAUAUCGAAAACAUCAAAGCCAAGUUUUCCAAGGAUAAACCUGCAGCUGAUAAAAUCCUCAUGACCACCGGAGCUGCGUUCAUCAGCAGGAAGACUAACGGCGAAGUCCCACCAUUCAGAGGCGCUAUCAACGAAUACGGAAAGACGUGGGUGUACUGGCAUCAUGACUUUCCAGAUCGCGAGUUGACUAUCCAAAGGGUCGUCACGGCGGCCCAGGCCACAGAGGAUAAGGAAGACGAGGGCCAGCAAAUAGUGACGUUGGCAUUAGCCAGCCUUCUAUUGGCUGCCUUGGACGAGGCUCAGAAGUGGAAGUUGCAUAAGUUGGUCAUAUGGAACCCAACGGCGGAACUGCACCACGUCAUAGAUUUUGUGCAGGAACAGUUUGGUGUGGAUGUGAUAAAUGAGGAGCGGGAUAUCUGCGUCCGCUCUGUCGCUCCACCGUCUUCGGCAUUCAGCCACGACAAUAUCGUUACAAAAAACGGUGCGUGGCUCGGAAUGUUCCGGCCUAUGGGACAUAUAAACACAGCACUAGGAGCCAGCAGUGGCUAUGCAAAGACCCAAUACACCUAUUAAC